UUUCCCAAUGCUCAUUCUUGAAACUUAAUCGCCAUAACGAGGCUCCGGCAAAAUCAUUUUGAUCAUGGACAGCUGAUUCCUCUUCCCAAGAACAAUUUCACAAGCGUUUGUCAUCUCUAAGAACGCUAAGACUUUUCAUUCUUAACCAGACAAGACAUUUCUCUUUAUGUGGUCCGGCACGACGGUCCACACUAUAUAUAACCGGAGUCAUCAAGUCAAAUUAGUUACGAUGGAGGCCAGGCAAAGAGAUUGAAAACUCCUACCUACGGCGUCUGUUCACAAAGGGACGAUCCGCUCUUUUACAUCGAUUGAGGAAUGAACUGUUUGGUGUAUUGUGGACAAGCCAUUAGCUAUGGGACCCGAAGAGGCGCGCUGAGUUUAGCCAGUUGGUUCUUCAACCCUGCUAACUUCAAAUUGAAUGUUGCACGCUUGCCGAGAUCGCGCUAAUCCCUGCUCGCAUUCCUGGGCACAAUUGUUGAUUUUUCAUUCACACGAUCAGCAAUUAAUGUCUGAUUUAUGAUGUUUCCUGUUUUAUCGUCUAGUGGGGAUGUUUCUGCUCCAUAUGGCUGACGGAAUACGCGAGUGGUCGAGGACCUAGAAGAUCCGACUGACGAAUUUAUCAACUUUUCCUCCUGGCUGGAGGAUUUCAUUUGUGAAAGGAGCAAUGCGUUUGUGCAGGAGGGAUUGUGCUAUGCUUAGAACAUUCUACUGAGCUUCCACGACGGAGAGUUAACGGAUACUUGUAUACGAGUAUCCCGGAUUCAUCUGCAGUGAGCAUGUUGCUAGGGAAACUUACCAAGAUGAUCACGAAUGGCUUCAUCCCGACAUGCGUUAUUAUCGGAGGGUUGUUAGCCCUGGUUGCAUGCAGUGAACAGGAAUACCGUCUUGUGCGGGACAUUCUGAAAACUUACGACAAGCGGAUCAAACCCUUCGUCAACGGGUCGGGCGCUCUGAACGUCACCAUGGGCGUGGCUCUGGCCCAGAUAAUUGACAUAGACGAAAAGAAUCAAAUUAUGACAACAAAUUGCUGGAUAAAUCAGGGUUGGAUUGACAAAAAGUUGGCCUGGGUACCAGAGAAAUAUGGAAACAUAUCCGUAAUAAGAAUUCCAUAUGAUUCAGUAUGGCUGCCAGACAUAGUGCUGUACAAUACAGCGGAAGUGACAAGUAAGGAAAUGUCAAGCGUGAGUACCAACGUCAUCGUUACGUCAGACGGCAACGUGACGUAUCUCUCAAUGGUCAUCUAUAAAAGCUCCUGCUCAAUCGACGUCAAACACUUCCCCUUCGACGAACAAAACUGUAGUAUGGAGUUCUCGUCGUGGACGUACGAUGCCACGUCUCUCAACAUUAUGAACGUCGGGGAGGAGGGAGACACAUCCAACUACAUCCCAAGCACCGAGUGGAAUCUUGUCCAAUAUGUCCAAAAGCGUGAUCCCGUAUUGUUUUCUUGUUGUCCGGAGCCGUAUAUUUUCAUGAAAUAUUUUGUCCUUAUCAAACGGAGGCCGCUGUUUUAUUUGUUCAAUAUGGUGAUGCCGUGCGUGCUCAUCACCAUGGUUGCUCUGCUGGGAUUCUAUAUGCCGAAUGACUCAGGGGAGAAGAUUUCAAUGGGAAUAACCACGCUGCUGUCAAUGACAGUCUUUUUGAUGAUUGUGGCCGAACAAAUGCCCCCGACAUCGGAUUUAUUACCUUUAAUUGGUCUGUAUUAUGGAAUAACUAUAGCGAUAGUGUCAUUCGCUACUGGGAUGACUGUGCUAACACUCAACAUUCACCAUAAAGGAGCGAGGGGACAGGAGAUUCCACGGGUUGUCAAGAUAAUAUUUUUUAAUUAUCUCGCCAAAAUUAUGUUCAUUAAGAUAGACCUCGCGGAGCCUCACAGUGCCCCUGUUGGGAUGCAUCAGGUUCCAACAACGGAUUACUAUGACGUGUAUGAUGCUGAUAAACUGCCGAAAAAUGGCGGCCUUUCUCCGCGGUUCUCCCGGAAGUUACCCACAGGGGGAACAGCAUCAGGAGGGGAUAGCACCGAGAGACAGUUCAUGCGGGUUCUACAAAAGGUGUACCAGACAAUAGAGAAAAACGAAAUGCGAUUGGCUGAGCAAGACAGGCGUGAUCAGCUUAAACUCGAAUGGCAACAGUUGGCUCUUGUUUUGGAUCGUCUUCUGAUGACAAUAUUUAUCAUUGUCACUGGGUGUACAACCGCUGGAAUAUUCCUCCCCUCCCCCCACUCAACAGCGUUUGGAAAACCAUUCUGAAGGAACAAUGAAGGAAGUGUUGAUAAUCCUACGAUCAUGGAUAAGGCAUUAUCAUUCUUGUUGACGUCUACCCGUUUGUGCUAGACAGUGAAUAAUGAGGCUUGCAAGGCGUACAAUAUGUUUCCAUGGUUUCUUAUGAAUUUAUGUUUAACUGAUAUCGUAUUGUUUUAUUUAACAUUUUCUUUGAAACUGUGUGUGGAUUGUAGUUCUUGAACUAUGCACUAAAUACGAAAGUGUCCAGAACGAGUUCUGUAAGGUCUUCGCACGAGGAACAGAUGGUGUACAUACUCUAAGAAACAUUCGUUACAUCGAUUGUAAAUGUGUUCUUGAAGACUCUUUGGGUCAUCACCUGACCUCAGACAUCUGGACUUGUGUAUAUGUUGAAAUGUUUGAUUCCCUUGGGAUAGUCCUGUAUCUUCCCGACAUGCAUCCUGGUGUCCAGAUACACUUCCGUAUACCCUAUCCAUGGUAUUCAUCAUCGGAUCAUCCACCUUUGUGGAUAGUCAGUCUUUUAGAAUCGGGUGUCUGGUACCGGAUACCUUUGUGGACACAGUUCCUUCUGGAAUCCAGAUAUCCGGCAGUGGAUGCCUUGACGGAUACCUCACGAUGAUGUACAGCUUGAUAUACGGGACUAGAUGACGAGUGUUUGGUAUCACAGGAAUCAACUGUACUGGAUACUACUCAGAUGUAUCAGUGAUCGGCCUUGACUGGUCUUGUUCUUGAAGAAGAUGCACCAAUGUCACUGCGCCAAUCUAUGGACGUGUAAAUUCAUGUGUUCUGCUGGAACUUUAUUGGUACCUCAGGAAGAACAGAACAGCUUAAGUCAAGGAUGAGGUACCACGUAUUCUUGAAACCGCACAACAUGAUAGCAAAAUGCUUGUAUAAUUUGUUUGGCAUACUGUAAAUCAACGGAUUUACUCUUUCUUCCGAGAAAUUGAUUUCGAGAUGUAUGAAUAUAUUUUAUUGCAUUUUCAUAGAUGUAUUCUAUGUUGUUUGAUGGUAAAUGUGAUGAUGCGUUUGAAGCGGGAUUUAUUAUCCAUUGUUUUUAAACAUGUUCCUAAAAUAUGCACAUAUAUGUAUGACAUAUACAUUGCAGCAUUUACAAGUUACCACAAGAUAAUGUUGUAUCUAUAAUUAUUUAGCACCAGUUUGUUCUAUAUUGGUUGUCAUCAUUGUGAUGUCAUUUUGGUAGUUGUAUCCACCUGUUCCUGUUCGUUGCAUCUACCUGUACGUGGUGUAAGAUGGGGUCGUGGAUAUCUAGGUGCUGGCGUACACAUGGAAAGCAAGAUCUACCUGUACGUGGUGUAAGAUGGGGUCGUGGAUAUCUAGGUGCUGGCGUACACAUGGAAAGCAAGAUCUACCUGUACGUGGUGUAAGAUGGGGUCGUGGAUAUCUAGGUGCUGGCGUACACAUGGAAAGCAAGAUCUACCUGUACGUAGUGUAAGAUGGGGUCGUGGAUAUCUAGGUGCUGGCGUACACAUGGAAAGCAAGAUCUACCUGUACGUGGUGUAAGAUGGGGUCGUGGAUAUCUAGGUGCUGGCGUACACAUGGAAAGCAAGAUCUACGUGUCGUAUAUAAACAUGGUAUUAAAGUGAUUCGUGGUGACUGAUUCAUUGUAAAAUAUAUUCAUACUUUUUAUAUGUAUUGCCCAUACUGACAGCAAUGACAAGAACUGUUUGGUGCCCAUUGAUAUGGACAAUAUGGAUUUUAUUUCUGCUGCAAUGUGUCUUGUAGGGGUGUGUUAUUGUAAUGACAUUCAAUGAUGUCCUGUGAUGGUGGCUCCGUAUUUCUGCUUUCAGUGAUCACUAUUAAUUUAGCUUCCCCUUCAGAAUUAGAUAUAGCACAUGACACAGAUUGACGAAUCUAUAAAUAAAUUGGUCACUAUAGAUCCUUUUGAAACGGAAACGUAUCGAAUCUGUUGUCAAGGAUAUCUACCGAGAAAGCGGUUGGUAUUUAUGUGGUUUAAUUAUUGCCGAGGUGGAGCUAUAAUCGAUUGCCGUUUUCUACAAAGCUGAUGUCCAGAGGCAAGCUUCCACGUGUACAUAUUUAUUUCACUACCUCCAAAUUGUUACUCGGGUUAUCUCGGAUGGGGUUAGGGUGGCCGAGUGGGGAUCUCACAUUGGUGGGGUGGGCGUUGACCAGUUGUGUAACUUACAUUAGUGGGGUGAGGGACGCCCAGUGGAGUUCUCACAUUGGUGGGGUGACUUGGCCAAAAGGGGAUCUCACAUUGGUGGGGUACGGGUGGUGCAGAGGGGAUCUUACAUUGGUGGGGUGAGGGUGGCCCAGUUGGGAAUAUCACAUUGGUGGGGUGUGGAUGGCCCAGUGUGGAUCUCCCAUUGGUCAGGCGAGAAUGGCUCAGUGGGGAUCUCACAUUGGUGGAGUGAGGGUGGCCCCAGUUGGGAAUCUCACAGUGGUGGGGUACGGGUGGCGCAUGCGGGAUCUCACAUUGGUGGGGUACGGGUGGCGCAGUGGGGAUCUCACAUUGGUGGGAUACGGGUGGCGCAGUGGGGAUCUCACAUUGGUAUGGUACGGGUGGCGCAGUGGGGAUCUCACAUUGGUGGGGUGAGGGUGGCCCAGUUGGGAAUCUCACAUUGGUGGGGUACGGGUGGCGCAGUGGGGAUCUCACAUUGGUGGGGUACGGGUGGCGCAGUGGGGAUCUCACAUUGGUGGGUAACGGGUGGCGCAGUGGGGAUAUCACAUUGGUGGGGUACGGUUGGCGCAGUGGGGAUCUCACAUUGGUGGGGUACGGUUGGCGCAGUGGGGAUCUCACAUUGGUGGGGUACGGGUGGCGCAGUGGGGAUUUCACAUUGGUGGGGUACGGGAGGCGCAGUGGGGAUCUCACAUUGGUGGGGUACGGGUGGCGCAGUGGGGAUCUCACAUUGGUGGGGUACGGUUGGCGCAGUGGGGAUCUCACAUUGGUGGGGUACGAGUGGCACAGUGAUAAAAGGCACAACAAAACGCUGUGCACGGUAGCAUCCAAGGAUUCUCUGAGCGUGAGUUCGAAUCCCGGAUUGUGUGAUAAACCUUCACGACCUGCUUUCCUUCCGCAUUACUUUAAGCCGUAAUAUAAUUGAAGUUCAGUUCAAAGCGGCGUUGAGGACAUACACUCACUCAGUCUCGCAUUGGUUCCUAAAGGUUUGAAAAGGAGACUUACAACUACACUUUAAAACAUUUCAUAAUUAAAUAAAGGUAAUGGAUUGGAAUGAAUAUCCCUUUGUAUAUGUAGAAGUCCAUCCCUGGAAGGAUUCCGGGUUAAACUUGGUCUCAGGCAAUCUCUGCUUGUCGUCGGAUGUGGGAUUCAAAUUUGAUGUUUGUUUUUAAGAUAUGUGGAGGAAAAUAUUGUCUUACCACACAUAUAUUCACCCUUCUCGCCCCAGCAAUCAUCUCCGGCAAUCAAUGCUUGUCGCAAGACAACUCAAAGAUAUCGGAUGGUCAGCCUCGGCGACUUCAUUGAUUGCGUGACAUCAUGGACUGUUGCUCAUAAUAUCAAUCAAUUGUUUGUCCGGCUCAGACCCGAUUAUUCCUUUCCUCCUCCAACUCCAAAUUAUUUUCUGGUAUAAAAGUAGUCAUCAUCUUCCCCCUCAAAGAUCACCAGGUUCAUAAACCAUACUGUGCUCAGUGCCCUUGCACAAAUAAUCAGAGACGUUUAUAUCUACCGCAUCAUAGAACACUCAAGUAUUUAUUGAAAAUGGCCAAUUGUUGAAGGAGUUGGUGGAUUUGUUUGUACCAUUCGUGGUUGUCCUCCAUGCAAUACAUCCGACACUCUUCAUAUCACAAGAUUGUGUGCAUGUGUGAUGAAUGUAUAUAAAAAAACCAUUCAAUUCUAACAUAAUUGCAAUGAUUUCUCUAUAUUUCUCAACAUCCCUCCUUCCAAUAUUUGUUUUACAAACCUGUUUGUAAGUGUACUUUGUUGGUGUACAUAUGAAUCCUAUUGAGUUCGAAUACGUUUAUCACAUAUCCGUCAUCUUAGGAUUAUUUGUUUUUAAAAUGUAUUCAUCUUUAUGCGAAUUUAUUGCAGCGUCCGGUGUAAAACCUUCAAUGGAUUGAUUUUAAAUUUUGCAUGUAAUAUGUUUGAAUCGAGAUUUAUCAUCGUGUGUAAAUACAACACAGUAAGUAACUUCUCAACCAUUUUGUUAAACCCUGUUGAUUGUAGCUGGAAGAAGCACUCAUCCUUCUAACAAUGGUCAUUUAUUUGUCACAGGAACGGAGACAGAAAGUUACAAAAAUAAAGUGGGAAAUGAUGUUUAA